AUGUCUGCUACCAUUCUCAACCCACGAGACUUGUUCACUUUCGAUUCUCCGGCUAUGCUGCCUCCUCGCAUGCCAAAAAUGCAUGACGAAUUGACAGACCCGAAUAUCGAUCCUCAGUUAGCAGCUCCAAGGCGAUCUUCAAGGCGCUAUUCGAAUACGAGUGUUGAGAGAGCAAAACACCUCGAGCGCAAUCGAGUUGCCGCGAACAAAUGUCGCCAGAAGAAGAAGAAGCGACAAGAGGAGAUCCAACAUACUCUCAUCGAAGAAACAGAGAAGCACGAUGCUCUUAUUUCCACAAUCGAUUGCCUUAAGGAGCAGGUCUGGCAUCUCAAGAACAUAAUUUUCGACCAUGUAUCCUGCGACGACCCACAAAUCAAUCUCCAACUUGCCAAGUACAGUGAACGUGCUGCACAGAAUACUAUCGGAGCUGCUCAAUGUCCUUCUCCCACUUUCUCUGCGAGUACAGUAUCGGAUAAAUCAAGUGGACUCGGAGACGGGGACUUUUUCCUAGAAGCCAAUCCUCCAGACGCAACUCCGACGAUGAUGAUGCCAGAGAAGACUGCAUAUCUAUAUGACGAUUUCCCCGACUUCAUGUUUGAUAACUUUGUUCAAGCCGAUUAA